ACCAACGAGCUUUUUGCUUGAGAAAUGUGCAUAGUGCGGAUUCACAAACCGAUGCGCGCUCUAAACCAUAAUUUGCCUCCUAAAACUGCAGAAAUAAUGGUACAUUAACUGACUACUAGUGGACGGCAGGCACAGCUGCCCAACUGACUCAUCCAGAGAUUGGUAAAGUUAUUGCAGAAGACAUAGCUGAAUGACAGUUGCAGGUUGGUGGAGAGGAAAGAUUCAUGGGAAAAAAGGGGAGCUCCUGGCUUAGAGCCGUGAAAAGGGCAUUCGGAUCUCCUUCCAAAGACCCUGAAUCUAAAAAAUCCUUAAGGUACCGCUCCCCCUCCAGAGGUAAAGGAGAAGAACUCAGUACAGGCAAGGGCGAAAAGAAAAAAAGCCCAAAAGAGAAGCGCAAAUGGGUGUUUGGAAAAUCAUCACAAUUUGAGGAGCAUCAUGAAAAAACAGUAUCGGGGGAUGCAGUUGAGAAUAAGGAUGUGGGUGGUGAGAAGCGUGCCAUUGCCGUGGCUCUGGCAUCUGCAGCUGCUGCAGAAGCUGCAGUGGUCUCUGCUCAGGCAGCUGUUGAAGUUGUGCGGCUCACAAGGCCUUCCAUUUCUCAGGAAACAGAUCCCAUCCAGACAUUGGCAGCCAUCAGGAUACAAACUUCCUUUAGGGGAUACCUGGCGAGGCGGGCUUUGCGUGCCCUGAAAGGGCUUGUGAGGCUUCAGGCCCUGGUAAGAGGAUAUAAUGUGAGGAAGCAAACCAAUGCGACAUUGCGGUGCAUGCAAGCUCUUGUAAGAGUUCAGGCCCGUGUGCGGGACCGCCGUCUCCUUCUCGCUGAAGAAACCCAGUCGGUCCAACGCCAACUUUGGGAGAGACGGCAGCGGGAAGCCAUUGAAAGAAAUUCUCUGUCUCAUUCCAGAGAUCAUACACAAGAAGAGUGGGAUGACCGUGUCCAUACUGUGGAGGAAAUUAGAGCAAAGACACAAAGCAAACAAGAGGCUGCAGCUAAGCGUGAGAGAGCCUUGGCAUAUGCAUUUUCUCAUCAGCUGCGGAAAUGUAGCCCGAGGCAUGGAUCAUCGGCGGUUUCAGACGGUGAAAGCGAGAAAGGCCACUGGGGAUGGAGUUGGCUUGAGCGUUGGAUGGCUGCGAAGCCAUGGGAAAGCAGAAAUCUUGAAAAGGACAGCAAAAGUGUGGACGAAGUAGCCAUCAAGACUGUAGAAGUGGAUACGGGCAGCUCCUAUUGUAUACAAAGAUCACGCCACCAUUCCCAACCUCCAACUCUCUGUGACCCAGAUCAACAUUACUUAUGCCGGGCAUCCCCUGCCCGAAGGUCUCAUCAUUCCCCUGCAAAGAUUUCUGGGUCUGCUCAUCCUCGCUCUGCAAGCCCCAAAUCAUGUGGCAGACACUCUAACUACUAUGAAGAACCGCAUACUCCCAGCUUGUCCAGUGGUACAAGGCUGGGUUCAAAGCGCAGCAGCAUAAUUGAUGAUUUUAGUAGCCCUGCUGUACCCAAUUACAUGGCUGCCACCGAGUCUGCAAGGGCCAAAGCUCGUUCACAGAGCGCACCUAGACAGAGGCCUGCGACGCCUGAAAAGGAGCGAAGGAGUUCUGUGAAGAAGAGAUUGUCAUUUCCUGCUGUCGAGACAAGCUCAGUUGCUAGCUCUAUUAUGCCCCAAAAGAGCCCUAGCUUAAAGAGCCCAAGUCUGAGGGGCAUUCCCGGUCCUAUUAGGAUUGAGAGAUCAAGUAUCUCCUUUACAGGGAGUAACAAUGGGGAUGAAACUACACCCUCCUCUGUUGGUGAUCUAAGGAAGUGGCUAAGGUGAUGAAUGGGCUUCAUGUUGUUGUUAUUUCAGUUUAAUGUAUUAGGUGCUGAGCAUCAGUCUAUAACCUGCAAUUAAGUCUGUAGCAUCUUUUGCAAGCCAGAAAGUUUAUAAGUCAUUCCAGGUUUUUGUUCUUUGCCAUUUGUUGGGUCAAAUUCUGCAGACUGUUCUCUGUAGAAUUUAAGUUGCAUUUUAAUAACCAUGUUACCGUUUCCUAUUAAAGGUUAUGGAUACUUACGUCCAUUGUACUUUUAAACCCCAAAAUACAUAGCAUAUUUUGUGCUGCA